AAAUUCGUAAUAAUUUCGCACAUGUUAUGAACGAAAGAGAACAAAUCAUAUCAGAAUAUGAUAUGAAUAAUAGCGGUGUUAAUAAUUCCAUACAAAAUUUCACGACCUCUUCAGAUGAAAAUAUUACAUCAGAAAAUUCAUAUAAUAAGCAUCCUGGAAGCGAUUCUGAUAUUAUUGAAGACCCUGUAGUUCCCAAAAGUAAUGAGCCAAAAAAACCUACAACUGGUAUAUUGUAUGACAUUGAUGCAUUGAAACGUCAUGCCGAAAUGGUGUCUCGAUAUUCAAGUAACAAAAGGGAACAAUCUACAUCAUCAAGUCAAAGUUCGCAAUUAGUACGUACAGAAUCUAUAUCAUCAUCAUCAUUAGAUAAGAAAUCAUCCAAAGACAAUAUAAUAGGAAGCGCACAGGAUAUUAUUACAACUAAUGAUGAACAAGAAAUGAUUGCACCAAAACUUGUAUUGGAAAUACCAAAUUCAAAUACAAAUUCGCAAACAUCGCCGCCAGUGCAACCAGUACAACCUGAAAAUAAUAAUAAAUCAUUAACGAAUGAACCAGAAAGUAUACCAAGCAGCCCACCACCUUCACCUUAUAGUCCUGUUAGCUUGAUAUCACCAUUUAGUGAUGCACCAUCCGGAAGGGGCUCGCCACCACCAAUAUCUCCAAGAAAUCCACUAAGAAAUUCAAGUUAUGAAAAGAGACUUCAGAAAAAAAUGAUAGUUAAGCGAAAUGAUAGUACUGGAAGUAAUCAUAGUUCUGGUAGUGAUGACAAACAUGACAAACAUGAUUCUAGGGAUUCAGGAACUUCUUCGAAAUUCAU